GAAAAAAAGUGAUACUCCCAGAGAUCCAGAACCUCCGCGGCGGAAGGGACCUCUCCGAGGCAGCAAGCCCCCCCAUGAUUAAAGUGUCGAUCCCGUCGCUGGAGAAGGAGGUGGACGAGUCCGGCAAGAGCAGAAAGCUUUUCCGAGUUGAAGUUUUGUUUAAUGAGAGGAAACAUUAUGUGCUCCGAAGAAACGGCGAUUUCCAGUCUCUUCACAAAAAACUCAAGAAAAUUAUCAAUACUCCUGAUUUUCCAAGCAAAAGGAACCCUCAUUUGAGGACCAAACCUAUGGAGCAGAGGCGACAGGAACUACAAGUUUACGUGCAGGAGGUCAUCUAUCAAAAUGAAGAUGUGCCGCAGGCUUUGCUGGACUUCCUCCACUUGAAACACUACCACACAGGAAACAGACACAGCAGCUUUGAAUCCCUGGAUGAACUGGACAGCCAAGACGACAACUGUCAUUAUUUAAACCAGCCAGUGUUAAGAUUCUUUAAGGAUCCUUAUCUAUCCACUGGCUUGUCAGGCCUCCCUGAUAUUGUUGCAAAUGGGGUUCUCCAGGGAUUUUACCCGCGGGAUGUCCGGGUCAGCUUCACCGCCUCUGCCCUCGCCACACCUGAUCUCAGCACUCCUGUAGAGGCCUGAAGAAAAGCACAAACCAGCGCACAAUACGGCACACAGACAGCUGACACCAAAGAAAGUUUUUGAAUGCAGAGGUUUGGUGUAACUGCAGACCAUCACCAGGAUAUUGUUGCAGUUGUUGUAUUUAUAGCAGAUUUCUUUCAGAUUUACUCACUAGUAUAGAAGUUGUACUUUUAAACUGUGCACAUUCCAGUGAAACCAUUGUGUAUCUGUUAUAAAAUGUUUUUCUAAUAAACAUUAGUCCAUUGUGUAUGAUAUAAA